AUGUCGUGGCCUGUGCAGAAACGCGAGCUGUCGCCGCCGCCGUUGGAUGAGUUGGCAGGGAUCAUUGCUGCUGGGCUGGAAUCGAAUUUUGAGCAAUCAUCUGUCCAAGUCGAGCCAUGCACAGACUUACGGAAAGCGCCCUUCUAUCUCGCGGGGGAAGGACUGAAUGGCUCAACUCGCGUGGGUGACGUCGGAGGGCCGCCUCAUCUCGCGCCUCCCGACUUCAGCAAGAAGUACGAUUUCAUGGAGAUAUCAAAGCUCAUGGAGAUGCCUCAAGAAAAGGGAUUUCUGCUGGGUGCUGGAGCUGGCCCGUUCUAUGUCCUCGGGUGCAAUGCGGAGCUGAUUCCCAACAUCUCCUACGAGAAUGGGGAGAUCACGAACUUGACACAUUACGCCAAGAUCGCGAAGGACGACCAAGUCGAGUGUCAGAAAAUCGAAACCUCCACAGGCUUCGCCUUUAUGGCCAACUUGUUCGGCUCUGAAGGUCUCCCAGGUCCAGCACUGCAUAUCAAGGCUUCAUCGAGAAAGGGAGCCCCCAAUUUCACCGAGACGAUUCAAGCUGCUGUCCAGGAGAAGUAUGGUGACAAGUUGGUCAGCCUGGGCGGCGUGUUCGUCAUCAAACGAGGUCGUGCGAAUCUCCAUGUUAUGGGUGACUUUCCAGAGAAACCACUCCAGCGACAGGACGUCGACGAUUGGUUGCGUCGCUUCGAAUUCGAUGCGCCUUUGAUCUGUCUAAGCGUGUUGCACACGGGUGACGACCAGGGCAUGGCUCUCAGGCCAGAACAUACACAUUGCUUCUCUGUUGGUGGGAAGAACGGUGGCCAUUAUCACUUCGAUGUGGAGGAUACGAAAGCUGACGUGGAAUACGAAGCUUGGUAUAAUGUUGCCGAGGCCGUGUUCAGAAUAGACUCGCCUGGUAGGAGGUACUAG